AUGUCUGGCCGUGUUCUCGUUGGAGUCAAGCGUGUCAUUGACUACGCGGUAAAGAUUCGUGUGAAGCCAGACAACAGCGGCAUAGUGACGGAUGGCGUAAAGCAUUCAAUGAACCCCUUCUGUGAGAUUGCUGUGGAGGAGGCGGUCAAAAUGAAGGAGAAGAAGCUCAUUAAGGAGGUUGUGGCUGUCAGCUGUGGGCCACAGCAGUCACAGGAGACCAUCCGUACUGCGCUCGCCAUGGGGGCCGAUCGUGGUAUUCAUGUGGAAGUUAGUGGGAAAGACUAUGAAACCCUCGGACCUCUGCAGGUCUCCAAGAUCAUGGCUGCUUUAGCCAAGAAGGAGGAUGCCCAGCUAAUAAUUCUUGGCAAACAGGCCAUCGAUGAUGACUGCAAUCAGACUGGCCAGAUGACAGCAGCUUUACUGGACUGGCCUCAGGGUACCUUUGCAUCAGAGGUGUCUUUGGAAGGAGAUAAGAUUAAGGUGGUCAGAGAAAUCGAUGGUGGGCUGGAAACUAUUAAGAUCAACACACCAGCAGUUCUGACUGCUGAUCUACGACUCAACACCCCCAGAUACGCCACUCUGCCUAAUAUCAUGAAAGCUAAGAAGAAGAAGAUUGCUAAUGUGAAGCCUGCGGAUUUAGGGGUGGACCUCACGUCACGGUUGGAGGUGUUGAGAGUGGACGAGCCUCCUCAGAGGCAGGCAGGGAUGAAGGUGGAGACAGUGGAGGACCUGGUGGGCAAACUGAAAGAGUCAGGGAAGGUAUAG